CGAAAUACUUCAUGUCAGUGGUAAGUAUAAGUUACCAAAUUUAAAAAGACAAAAAAUUCAAAAAUGUCUUCAGCUUCAUUUACAACACCUGCUACAGAUACAACUACUCCAAUCUUACCAGAAAAGAAAUUAAAACCAUGUUGUGCAUGUCCUGAAACUAAGAAGGCGAGAGAUACUUGGUAGGUGUGAUUUGUUACUCAAUACUGUUAGUAUAUAAAAUAUACCCUGAUAUUGUAACAGUUUAUACCCACUGACCCACAUUGCAUCAUUUAUGUUUGUUUUCUUAUAGUAUAAUUGAAAACGGCGAAAUGGAAUGUCAAAGUUUGAUUGAGGCUCACAAACAAUGCAUGAGGCAACAUGGUUUUAAUGUUUAACAUUUCCCAUUAAAUGGUAUGCUUGUCUGUGAAUAAAUCGAAACAAACACAUAUUACACAAUUUAUACACAAC